AUGUUUUAUAGUUACUUCUUAUUGGCGACAGCGGUAUGUUUUUUCGGGCAGAUUUGUGUCGGAAAAUCAUGUCUUCUUUUGAGAUUUAGUGACGAUUUUUUCACACCAAGUUUUAUUACAACUAUUGGCAUUGAUUUUAAAAUUCGAACCAUUGAACUUGAUGGGAAGCGAAUUAAAUUGCAAAUAUGGGAUACUGCUGGCCAGGAACGUUUUCGAACAAUUACAGCAGCUUAUUAUCGUGGUGCAAUGGGAAUUCUUCUUGUUUAUGAUGUAACUGAUGAAAAAUCAUUUCAAAAUAUUAGAUUAUGGAUUUCAAAUGUUGAACAAUAUGCCUCUGAGGGAGUAAAUAAAAUUCUUAUUGGAAAUAAAUGUGAUUGGGAAGAACGAAGAGUCGUUUCAGAAGAACAAGGACAAGCUCUUGCUCAUGAAUAUGGUAUACCAUUUUUAGAAGCAAGUGCAAAAUCGAACAUUAAUGUAGAUGAUGCAUUUUUCUGUCUUGCUCGAGGUAUUAAAAAACGACUAAUUGAUGCUCAAGAGAAUCGAGUUUCAGAAGGAUCUAAUGUCCUACUGGACAAAGCAAAUGGUGUUUCUAAGGGAGGCUGCUGUUAA